AUGUGGUCGAGAAUUGUCUCAUUCGUUGACGAACUCAAUGACGACGACGAGUAUAUGAGCGAUGAAGACUACAAGAGCGGAGAAACUGGAACAUCCUCCACAGACGAGGUUCGUGUGAUCAAAUCGGAACUACAAAAGUAUAAAGAAAAGGUGAUUAAGCUUCGUGAGGAAUUGCGCGAUGCAGAAACGAGUUCGCAAGAGUCAAUUCACAACUACAACCACCUGAUACAAGAAAAGGCCGACGAGAUUUCUUCUUUAUCUUCGCAAGUUCAAAAGUUAACUCAGGAGAGAGAUGAGUUGAAGAAGCAAGUAAGCGAGUCUUCCUCCGAGUUGGAAAAGAAAACGAAAGAAAUCACACAGACUUACGAGUUGGAAAUCAAACAGCUGCGCAACUCGCUCGAACGCAAAGAUGACCAUCUGAAGGAGCAAGUCGACCAAGUUACCGUAUUCGUUCCCUCUCUCUCCCGCCAUCCCUAG